AAAGUAAAAGAAAAAGAGCAAUAAUUGCAAGUAAAAGGUAGAAAAACAUCGGAAGACUCGCCGAAACAAAGAAGAGGAAAAAAAGAGGGUAAAGAGAGACGGAAAGAGGGGAGGAGGAGAUGGGAGAAGAGGAGGAUCCACAGAAAUUGAAGAGAAUAGCGGCGGCGGCAUACGACUACGACAACGACCCUAGAUGGGCGGACUAUUGGUCCAACGUCCUCAUCCCGCCCCACAUGGCCUCCCGCCCCGACGUCGUUGAACACUUCAAGCGCAAGUUCUACCAGCGCUACAUCGACCCUGAUCUUGUUGUUGAGCCGAUGUCUACUAGCAGUUCCUCUCAGGCAGCAAGACCAUCAGCACAGCAAGCAUCAUCAUCAUCUUCGUCAACUUCACAUGACCAGUCACGACCCCGUAAUGCAGGGUCAACUGGAAGAACAUCUGGUGCAUCUACAACACAAACUCCUAGUGCAACAUCUCUGCGAUGGGAUCGGCAAACUAUACAGUUCUCAGUCAAUGCUUGGGUCUUGGUUGUGGCAGUUCUUGCUAUUUUUCCACUUGUGCCAAGGGAUCUAUCCAUGAGGGCAUUUCGGUUAGCCUUCGUAGGGACUGCUUGCUCGUCCCUAUAUUCAUUGUACUCAUUAUAUGGGAAACCCAGAGCAUGGAAUAUGCAAGCGGUGCAAGUGUGGUUUCAGUCAGUAUUUGUCGGCAAGGAUUUUAUUUACUUCAUUUACUGCUUGACAUUCGUCACCUCAAAUCUUUACCUCAAGUUUGCUUUGAUUCCAGUAUUAAGCCGAGCGCUUGAGCAUGUUGCCAAGUUCCUGAGGCGAAAUUUUAGCCGAUCAACCUUGUAUAGGAAAUACUUGGAAGAUGCUUGUGUUUGGGUUGAGUCAAACACAACAACCCUUAAUAUCCUGUCCUCACAAGCUGAAAUUGGCAAUGGCUUCCUUCUUAUUGUUUCACUUAUCUCGUGGCAGCGCAAUAUAAUACAAGCAUUCAUGUACUGGCAGCUUCUAAAGCUCAUGUAUCAUGCUCCUGCAACUGGCAAUUACCACCGAAGUGCUUGGGCUAAGAUUGGGAGGACUGUAAAUCCACUCAUCCAUCGCUAUGCACCAUUCUUGAAUACCCCUAUUUCUGCUAUCCAGAGAUGGUGGUUCAGGUAGAAGCAUCGAGACCAGAAGCGGAAAAUGCAAGACAAUAAUGGGGCUACUCUCAAUGUUUUGUCAGGGAAGAAAGAUGCAGCUUUAGAUAUCUCAUUGAGCUUCCACGUUCCAUUAAAAAGUUUACCCAUAACCAGAUAUGCUACUUUUCGUAUAUCCAGAGGAAUGUAAACUCCCAUUAUAAGCAGAAUUUUGUCUAAUUUUUCCAUCUUACUAUGUAUUCUCAUCUUUGACCUCCUUUAAUCAUUUCUAUGAAAGUGACGUGAGGUUUAUGAAUAGAUUGUUUGGUUGCC